AUGCGGGCAAUGCAGGACGAGUUGAGGACGUUGAGGCAGGCUACCUCUGCUGCUGGUGCCCCUACGGGCGCUGCUUCUGGCACUGCUCCUAUUGCAGAUGGUCCUAUCAGCGGUGUUUCUCUCAUGCAGUGGGUUGGCAUGAAGCUAGAUAGUUUUGACGGCAGUGGUACUCCGGUUCAUGCUGCUGAUUGGCUAUCGUAUGUGGAGGACAAGAUGGAGGCUUUUGAUGUGUUGGCUCACGAUCGUGUUCGUUACGGGUUUGAGAGGAGGUUCUACCCGGUGACUUUCCUGGAUAGGAUGAAGAUUGAUCUGAAUGCCUAUACGCAGGAUAAGAAGUCAGUUGCAGAGUAUGAAGUAGGCUUCAAUCAGAUUGUCCGCUUCGUCCCACACGUGGCGCAUGACGAGGUAGAGAAGGCAAAACACUUUUGUCAAGGUCUUAAGCAUUCGAUCCGCCAAGUGUUGGGUGCUUUUCCAGUGGUUGACUUCCGCACUACAAUCGAACAGGCUUUAGGUGUGGAGAUGCAGCAGGUGUACACUGCUGACUUGCAGAAGACUUCAGGUGGUGAGCAGUCUCGCGGUCAGAGCGAUAGGAAGGGCCAUUCUGGUGGCCCUGUUCACAAGAAGGGGAAGUUCCAGCGUCACCAGCCAUACCGCGGCAAGUCUUCUCAGUCCAGUGCUUCAGGAGGGAGCGCACCUCAGUACCGGGCUAUUCCCAAGCCUGGCUUGGGGCUGGUGUGCUUCCGGUGUGGCUAUGCGCACUGUCGUGUGGAGUGUCAAUGGAUCGGCAGGUGUUCUAUCUGUGGCAUGGAUCACAAGGACGUGGUCUGUAGGAAGAAUCCCAAUGGGAAGGUGCGUUGGGAGCCAGUGUCUUCUUCUUCAGCUUCACAUUCUAGUAGCACCGUCCAGAUGAUGGCGGCGACCUCCUCUGCACAGCAACACCUUCCUGCGCCGCCCACUUUGCAGUGCUUGCCAGCGCCUUCCACUCAGCAGUACCUGCCCAUGCCAGUCUACCCUCACUUCUCGUUUGUCUCGGAGGGUUUUGUGGUUCGUGCUAGUCUUUCUAUGCAGAAGAUUAGUCAGUCUAUUGUUGUCAGUUCUGCUAGAGGUCUCAUCUCCAGUUCUUCUGUUUGCCCCGGAUGUGCUAUUCAUCUUGCUGAUGAAACCUUUGUUGCUAAUCUGGUGGCACCGUCGGGUCGAGAGGUGGUCUUUCAAGGGAGUGCGGUGAAGUACACUCUCUCUUUGUUGUGCCAGUUGUUUCCUAAUCGUUGGACUCGAAAGUCUGGCGUUCUUUUGGUGAUGGUCGAUGAUCGCAAGGUUGCCUUGCACGUGGAGGAUAUCCCAGUGGUGUGUCGCUACUCUGAUGUUUUUCCUGAUGAACUUCCAGGUGUGCCCCCUGAGCGUGAUUCAGUUUUUGAGAUCAAGUUGGUUCCUGGCAUGCAACCUAUCUAUAGAACUAUGUAUCGGAUGGCUCCAGUGGAGCAGGUGGAGUUGAAGAAGCAGUUAGAUGAUCUUCUUGCUAAGGGAUUCAUCAGACCUAGUAAGUCACCUUGGGCUUUCCUGGUGUUGUUUGUGGAGAAGAAGGAUGGCUCUAAGAGGCUAUGUGUGGAUUAUCGUGCUCUUAAUCAGGUGACCAUCAAGAAUAAGUAUCCUCUGCAUCGUAUUGAUGCUCUCUUUGAUCAGUUAAGAGGUGCUAAGGUAUUUUCCAAGAUUGAUUUGAACUCUGGGUAUCACCAGAUAAGGAUUAAGGAGGAGGAUAUUGAGAAGACUGCUUUUAUCACGAGGUAUGGGCAUUAUGAGUAUGUUGUUAUGUCUUUUGGACUAACGAAUGCCCCUGCUAUCUUUAUGGAAGCGAUGAAUAAGAUAUUGCAUGAGUACUUGGAUGACUUCAUUGUCGUUUUCAUCGAUGAUAUUUUGAUCUACUCCAAGUCCGAUGAGGAGCAUGAGCGUCAUCUUAGUCUUGUUUUGGAUGCUCUCUGGAAGAAUAAGUUCUAUGCAAAGUUGAAGAAAUGUGCUUUCUGGCUUCCUGAAGUGAGCUUCCUUGGGCAUGUGAUUAAUCAGCAUGGUAUUACUGUUGAUCCUAAGAAUGUUGCGUCAGUGGUGGAAUGGCAAAGGCCAACCAGUGUGACGGAGCUACGGAGCUUCCUUGGACUUCUCUAG